GGCGCAGAGCGGCGGGGCCGGAGCCGCGGGGGAAGCGGCGGGGGAAGCAGCGGCGGCAGCUCCGGCUCGCGCCUCCGCCAACCGUCGGCCCGCGGGCCACGGCUCCGUCGAUGGGGCUGAGCGGCGCCCGCUGAGGAGGAGACGGGGAGCGGGAGCCGGUGCCGGCCGCAGCCAUGCAGCAGGUACUGGAUAACCUUACUGAUCUGCCGACGUCGACAGGCGCUGAAGAAAUAGACCUAAUUUUUCUCAAAGGAAUCAUGGAAAACCCCAUUGUAAGAUCUCUUGCUAAGGCUCACGAGAGAUUAGAAGAUUCUAAACUUGAGGCUGUCAGUGACAACAACCUGGAACUGGUGAAUGAAAUUCUUGAAGACAUCAGUCCCUUAAUAAAUAAAGAUGAAAAUAUUGCGGAGUUGGUUGGAAUACUCAAGGAACCUCAUUUUCAGUCACUCUUGGAAGCACAUGAUAUUGUGGCUUCAAAAUGUUAUGAUUCCCCUCCUUCUAGUCCAGAAGUCAAUAAUUCUUCAGUGAACAAUCAGAUUGUUCCAGUAGAUGCUAUUCGUAUUCUUGGAAUUCACAAAAGAGCAGGAGAACCUCUGGGUGUUACAUUUCGAGUUGAGAACAAUGAUCUGGUUAUAGCACGAAUUCUCCAUGGUGGAAUGAUAGAUCGACAAGGUCUUCUGCAUGUAGGUGACAUUAUUAAAGAGGUGAACGGCCACGAGGUUGGAAACAAUCCAAAAGAAUUGCAGGAACUGCUGAAAAAUAUCAGUGGCAGUGUCACUCUGAAGAUUCUCCCCAGUUACAGAGACACGGUUAUUCCUCAGCAGGUUUUUGUGAAAUGUCAUUUUGAUUAUAAUCCAUAUAACGACAACCUCAUCCCAUGCAAAGAAGCAGGGUUGAAAUUUUCUAAAGGAGAAAUUCUUCAGAUUGUAAACCGGGAAGAUCCCAAUUGGUGGCAGGCUAGCCAUGUCAAAGAAGGAGGAAGUGCAGGACUCAUUCCUAGCCAGUUCCUGGAAGAGAAGAGGAAGGCUUUUGUGAGAAGGGACUGGGACAACUCAGGGCCUUUCUGCGGAACAAUAAGCAGCAAAAAAAAGAAAAAGAUGAUGUAUCUUACUACAAGAAAUGCAGAAUUUGAUCGUCACGAAAUCCAGAUCUAUGAAGAAGUAGCCAAAAUGCCUCCUUUUCAGAGGAAAACACUGGUCUUAAUUGGGGCCCAAGGAGUGGGACGAAGAAGUUUGAAGAAUAGGUUUAUAGUACUGAAUCCUACUAGGUUUGGAACUACAGUGCCAUUUACUUCACGAAAGCCAAGGGAUGAUGAAAAGGAUGGACAGGCAUACAGAUUUGUGUCACGAGCUGAAAUGGAGAUGGAUAUUAAAGCUGGCAGAUACUUAGAGCAUGGAGAAUAUGAAGGAAAUCUUUAUGGCACUAAAAUUGAUUCUAUCCUUGAAGUUGUUCAGACAGGAAGGACCUGCAUUUUGGAUGUGAAUCCACAGGCCCUGAAAAUACUGAGGACUUCAGAAUUCAUGCCCUACGUAGUGUUCAUUGCUGCUCCAGAGUUGGAGACUCUGCGCGCUAUGCACAAGGCAGUGGUAGAUGCUGGAAUUACAACCAAACUUCUCACUGACACUGACCUGAAGAAAACAGUGGAUGAAAGUGCCCGGAUCCAGAGGGCGUACAACCACUACUUCGAUCUGACCAUUGUAAAUGACAACCUAGACAAAGCCUUUGAGAAGCUGCAGACUGCUAUAGAGAAACUGAGGCUGGAACCACAGUGGGUCCCGAUUAGCUGGGUGUACUGAGAUUGCUGAAGAUGAGCUUAAGUAACAAAUAAAAUCAACUGCAGGAAACAAACUAACGUGACAAGAUGUGGUGUAGAUAGCGAUGAUAACUGCGGCGCCUGCGCAUUUUUACUCUGUGUAUAUUCAAAAGUACACUAUUCUGACUUUUUAUAAUAAUGCUGAAGGGAAAGUGUACUUAAAUAUGUAAUUUAUUUUAAUUUUUCUAACUUUUUACAGAUAACCUUUCUAUUCAUAUCACAUGAAGGAAAUGCGUUUAAGCAUUUUAUACGUUUUGAUUUAGUACCUUUGCCUUUUUCAUCUGAGAAACUUUCAGUCCUUCACUUUAACAUUUACAUCUUGGUCUUACAUUUUCACUGUGACUAAAAAGAGGAUACUUGAAACAAUUUUUGUAAAACUUGUUAAUGUCAGUGUUUGACCGGUCAAAAGUCUAUAGCUCCUAUUAGGAAACAACACUGGUUUCUUUUUUUUUUCCUUGAAGUAAUGAUUUGACAGGAGUAGAAUUUCAAAUGCUAAAAGCAACAAGUGACACAGCUCCAUUGCUCCAGCUUCUUUCUGCUGAAUGUUGAAGCAUUCUCGAUGUUUCACAGAUUCCUGGUGUCUCUUGAUUUAGACAACUGUUCUGUAGGUUCCCUUACGUGUUUCUUGAAAUCACAUGAAGCAACACCUUGCAUGCUGCUCAUCAGCUGUUCCUGGGAGCCAAACCGUGUGAAGCCUCUUGUGGUGGAAGUACCUACGGCAGGGAGCGUGUAUGCAAGGUAAUUCAGUGCAGUGCUGAACAGCUGGAGAGAGAACCUGAUAGCGGAGCCUUGUAGAGUAAAGCUUAGUAUUUAGGACUGUUGUAUUCAUGCGUGUGAAAACACAUUGAUUUUUAAAAAAGCAAACAAAAAAAGAAC